CAACCAUGUCUUACGCCUCUGUUGCUGCACAAGACGCACCCCCGCUUUCGGAGCAGCCCAAACCCGACCCCGCUCUCCUCAACACUGGCUCGUCUAGGUCCGACGCCGUAGCAGACGACACAUCCAAAGUCAAAGUCGUCCCCGCAGACUUCAAGGAUAAUCUCUCUACUUUCACGUCAGAGACCCGCGAGACCAUAGUCAGAGACGCCGAGCCCGCGGGCGACGAGGCUCGAAGCCAUGCCCACAAGGCAGAGGCGGAGGGCCUCCACUACUGGGAAGUCGCCAAGGAUCACCUGCUCAGGCCCGCUAUCGCAGGCGGGCUCAUUGGCAUUGUGAACAUUGGACUCUUUGCGGGCGCGAGCUACGCAUACUAUACACAUCCGCCCCUUCGGCGGGACGCCAGGGCUAUCGCGUCGACCGUUGCCGUCGCAGUCGCGCUCUUGGGUGGAGAAGGCUACGCCGCGGAGCAAUUCCGCCAGACCCCACAAGGAAAGAAGGAAGAGCGCAGGGCGCGGGAGGAGGGGUCUCUCGUCUACAGGCACGCGCGCGAACACAUUCUGAGGCCCGGAGUCUUGGGCGGGAUUGUUGGCCUAGUCAAUGUAGGCAUCCUCGGUGCCGUCGGGUACCUCGCGUACACGAACUGGGAGAGGCCCAAGUGGGAUAGACGCGCCGUGUCGGCCAUUUCUGUUGGGCUGAUGACGCUGUGGAGCGGCGAGGGCUUUGUCGCGGAACGGUAUCGCGAGGGGAAAAUUCAUCCGCCGCGGUCUUGAUGGUCAAACUUUGUAGACCUUUAACAUCCAUUGUCGGCUGUGACUGAUUAACUGUGGUUUCGUCGUAUCUUACGCACAAUCAAUUCUUAUUUCUUUCGGUCG